AUGAUUUCGCCGCGUGGUAGUUUUAAGGACGACAUCGUCUUGGUCGAUCCCACGAAAGAGGUCAAUGCGGGGCUAUGGAGCCUCUUCGCAACGACAACAGUCUUCCUAGCCGCCCGCCUGUGGUGCAAGAUCACCCGAAGGCACGGACUGUGGUGGGAUGAUCACAUUCUCAUUUUCUCCUGGCUGAUCGUUCUUUUCAACGACAUCCUGAUCAGCGUCGAGUUCGCCACCGGAUAUGUCACCAAGGGGGAGUGGGAUGACCGCAUGCACAUAUUAAUCAACAUCUCAUCAUGCGGGACCCUCGUCGGCCAGGCGAUAUCCAAGACAGCAUUCGCGGUGUCUCUGCUCCGGAUGACCGAACGAUGGCAGCAAUACAUCCUAUGGUUCAUCAUCGUCACGAUGAACGCGUACAUGUUCACCAAGGUCCUCUUCCAAUGGGCCAGGCAGUGCGACGACACCGACUACGACGUGUGGUACCGACCGAACUAUUGUGUCGACUCGACGUUCCUUGACCGUUUCAAGGAAGGUGGAAAUAUCUACAACAUCUUGAUGGACUUUGUCUUGGCAUUAUUCCCUUGGGCUAUCACGAUGAAGCUGCGCAUGCGAAAGUAUGAGAAGAUUGGUCUUGCUCUGACCAUGAGCCUGGGGAUGUUCGUUGCCAUCAUGUCUGCCGUCAGAACAUGGUGGGUGGGACGGGAUGUGUACGGGGACAAAGAUGAGCUCUACUUCUGGCGAAGAGCGGUAUCUAUGAUAUGGUUCUCGGCCGAAAUUACUGGAACCAUCAUCGUCCAGUGCAUUCCUGUCUUGCGGCCAUUCCUGCAGGAGGUACAUGCUGCGAUAUCGUCGAGGACAUUCGGGCACUCAACAAGCAACGCGAAGACGACCGUCUCACAAAACAAAUUUGACCCCAGUGCCGGGACAUACUCGGUAACCGUAACAACCAUCGCUGCCGAGAAGGCUGCACAGAAGGGCUCAAACGUCGACACGUUUGGGACUCGCGGCCGGGUUUCCCAGGAGUACCAACCACGACCUUCAUCACGAGGUCCGUCGGAAGAGUUCGAACUCCCCAUCCAGAACACGAAUUCAGGGUGGAGCCCUGUGAAUUCGCGAAAAUGA